AUGCGAGCUCUGUUGCUGAUUCUGUCGGCGGCCCAGUUCGCCCAGUUGCUCGUCGGUGGUGCGAACGUCGAGAAACCAAAAGACGUAACCUUCCCGAAGACCGAUGUCACUCUGUCCGAAACAGAAUGGCAGAAAUUGAUCUCUGCAAACACUCCCACUGCUGACAAUCCGAACACUGCACCCUUAAUACAGUCGGUGAACGCUGGUAAAAUACGAAAUAACUUGGACGCGUACAUCGUUGGUGGGUCGCUCGCAAGUCUCGGAGAUUUUCCGUGGCAGGCUUUCCUCCUCAUUGACAACACCUGGCUUUGCGGUGGAUCUCUCAUCUUGGCUGAUUGGGUUCUGACUGCAGCUCACUGCUAUGGGUCUCGCUACGUUGUGUCCUUGGGCACCAUAGGCAGAACCAUUCUUUCUCCAGGUGCAGUGCAGACGACGACAACAACAUCCUUCAGACACCCACAAUACAGGAGCUCCACGCUGAAUAAUGAUGUAUGCCUUAUCAAAUUGAACAAUCCCGUCACUUUUACUGACACCUUGUCGCCGGUGGCACUGCCGUCGACGGCCGAUGCCUCGAACACAUUCGUUGGGACUUUGGCCACAGUUAGUGGAUUUGGAAAAACUGCAGACAAUGAAGGCGUGAGUGAAAAUUUGAAGUACACGCAGGUGACUGUCAUCCCUUACCAAGAAUGCGCAAGCUACUACGGAACCUCGGUGGUCGUUUCCUCCACUAUUUGCACACGUCAAACGGACACUUCCACCUGCCAGGGCGACAGCGGUGGUCCUUUGGUUUACAAAGACGCCAGGGACAUCUGGGUGCAAAUCGGUGUUGUCUCGUUUGGCUCUGCAGAAGGUUGCUUGGCUGGUCCUUCAGGUUUCGCGCGCGUCACCUCCUUCCUUGGCUGGAUUUCGAGUACAGUUAACCCGGCAACUACCACUACCAGAACCACAACUACAACUACGCGAACUACUGCAAGAACCCCGUUGGAAGAUAAAUCUUUGUGGGCUAAACUGAUGAAGACAAAAAGCUCAUACAUCAUCAGAUCUCACAAGGAGCUAAUGAAUUACAUGGUUCCAGCCUUUCAGUAUCACCUCGAUCUAAACCUCAAAGCUCUCGACCUCACGGGAUUGAUGACCUUUUGCAGAGAAGACCAGAAAUAUAAUACUUUCAAAAUGGCCAUUCUUAGAACUUGCUUUUACGCUAAAAACAUCGAAGCUAUUCAAAUCUUCAGUGAAGGAGACGCAGAAUGUUUCAAGUACCCGCAGAUCACAGUGGAUGAGCCACUCAUCUUUGACGCGCUGAAAUCCCUGACGCGUUUGCGAGAGCUCCAAAUUACUCUCUUCACGUUCAAUUUGAAAGACGUUAUGGAACUUUGCAGACCUUAUAAAACUAUAGAUCCCACUCUGGAGUACAUCAACGUCAACCUCAAAGUCGAGGAAUUGCCAGGACAAUAUGAAUUGCGUUCGAAGCUUGGCAAUUUAAAAGUCUUCCAGUGUGAAAACAUGCUGGCCCACGAUUUGGAGAAAUUCGCACAAUUCAUUACAAAGUGCUUGCAUGAUAAACCCACCGAGAAAAAUGUCAACCAAAAGGUGCCCAUUGGGUGCCCGCGUUCGGUCACCCGGCUACCCCCCGUGGGCACCCAGAUGGGCACCCAUUGGUUAUACCGCAUGUCCAACCCUUCGGGCACCCGCGAGUGGUCAUGCCCAGAAUUCGGUCACCAAAUGGGCACCCAUUAA